CUCGAGAAUACUCUCGACAGUGACUAGAGUUCCAUGACAGUCGCGUUUGCGUUCUCGCGAUCAUAGUUCCUGCUGUUUUGUUGUGUCUGCUACCAUGGCCAGGCGACACUCCUCGCCUCUUCUGUUCUUGACAGCGUGUUACCUCAGCCUGCAGAUAACUCAUGGAGGCUACCUGAUAACAAUGCCGAGAGAGGUGACGGUGGGAAGCAAGACUCAGUUCUGCAUUUUUGUGACGGACCCCGACGCCCCAGAGGGAAGCAUUGACGUCAGUUUCGGAGAUUACAGAUUCAUCAGCGACACAGCGAUCAAUCCCCCGAUCAUCAAAGAAAAUAUUCCCGUCCCUGCCGGAAAGGCCGAAUUUUGUCGUGAUCUUGAGGUGUCGGACUCCGACUUCUAUCAAGGAAGAAUCAAUGUCACCGGCAGUUUGAGUGGCAAGGAUCUCGACCAUUCUGGUCAAGUACGACUGCGGCCCAGGUCAAAGGAGAGUGUGUUUAUCCAGUCUGACAAACAUCAAUACCAGCCUGGGGAAACGGUGCAGUUCAGGCUACUAACUGUUACUGGUCCCAUCUUAAAUGUUUCGACGAAAAAUUAUCCAGAGGUCUGGAUUGAAACCCCUUCCAAGACACGCAUUGCCCAAUGGCUGGAUGUCGACAACUCGCAAGGCAUCGUUCACCUUUCUAUGGAUCUUGUUGAUGAGCCGGAAGAGGGGUUCUACCACAUCCGACUGAAGACAGGCGAGGGCAAUUCCAAAACGCAGAGUUUCAAAGUUGGAGAAUAUGUGCUGCCCAGGUUCGAUGUGAAUAUCAAGACUCCUCCUUAUGUCUUGUCUACAGAUGCAACAUUCAAGUUCAGCGUCUGCGCCACAUACACUUUUGGUCAGCCAGUGAAGGGCAGUGCUACCGUGAAAAUCAACAAUGGAGAAAAUCGUCUUUGCCGCUCUGAUAUAACACGGCGUCAGAACAUCACAGGUUGCCAGGAUUUUGAAUUCACCACUGAAGAGAUGCAAGUGAUUGAUUGCCAUGUUAAUUACAUGCCUGUAGAAGUUACCUUUGAGGAGGAGGGUACAGGUGUCCAAAGGUCUGCAGUUUCUUCUGUACCCAUAACAAGAAAUCCUGUUGAUCUGAGGGAGCUUUAUGUUGACAAGUAUAUGAAGCCUAACCUCCCAUUUACUGUUAAGGUCAGAGCAGAACAGCCUGAUGGUGCUCCAGCCAGUGGUGUACAACUAGAGGUGUGUGCGGCUGGAAAAUGCAAAAACAUGACAACACCUGAUGAUGGAGUUAUCACUGCAGUUCUUCCCAAUUAUAAGUCAAACAGGAUAUUUAUGAAAACACUCAACUGCCGUGCUGAUCUGCAGGCUGCUUCGUUCUCAAGGAAUGUGGAACAUUACUAUUCGCCUUCCAAUUCAUCAAUAUUAAUCUUUUCCCCGGAGGAGGAACUUAAAUGUUCUCCAAAUAAGUCUUUGGAACAUUCUUUGACAUUGUUGUUCGCAGCCAGCCAGCCAUCUGCAAAGAUAACUGUCCAGGUUAUUUCUCGAGGACAAAUUCAACACACCAGUACAAAAGAAUAUCAGCUGACGCCCAGUGAAUUGCCCUUCAAUGAAGAACACCUGGUGGAGCCUCUGCAAGGUUCACCGGACGGGAAAGUCACCGGCGUCCUGAACAUUCCAUUGGCUCUUCCUCACAGCAUCUCCCCGACAGCCAUGGUCCUAGCCUGGUACACAAGGGAAGAUGGUGAGGUGGUUUCUGAUGCAAGGCAAAUUAAGAUCGAGAAAUGUUUAAGGAAUUCUGCCGACAUCGAGUGGAAGGUCAAGAAGGCUCAACCAGGAGAUGUUACCUCUCUUUCUCUGUCAUCUAAACCAAAUUCAGUUUGUGGGCUGGGUGUUGUUGACAGAAGCACCAUUUUGCUCUCCCAGGCAUCUGACAAGAUCUCAUUAGAAAGUUUAUUCAGCUUCUUAGACGAAUUCAAUAUCAAUUCCUACGUCAAUCGCCAAACUAAUGACUUUGAAUAUUGUAGAAGCAAACACGAAAAGGAACUGGCCAACUCGCUUCAAGGUGAAGUAGUGCGCAGAAUCUACUAUGAUUACUAUACCCUCUAUGCAGAUGCGCUCAAGAUGUUUGACGAUUCUGGUGUCUACGUCUUCACUGAUCUCACAGUUGAAACAAGACCAUGUGAGAAGAGAGAGCAAUAUCAUUUCAUCAGUGAGGUUGCAUCUGGUUUUGUCGGUGCUGCUGGCUUUGGUGGAGGCUUCGCAGGCCGCCCCCCACCAUCCACCAGACCGCCCGUCUUAGUAGACCAAUUAGUCUUCGAUAAAGAGUCGCCUUUAUCCAGCGGUGAGGACGAAUCACUAAGAACGGAUUUCCCAGAAACAUGGCUUUGGGACGUUGUUGUUGUUCCACCAACUGGUGUCUACAAUCGGACUGUUACCUUGCCAGACACAAUAACUGAAUGGGUUGGAAGUGCGGUGUGUGCCCUUCCUAAUGAAGGCAUCGGAGUAUCACAGGAAUCUUCAAUCACGACCUUCUUGCCAUUUUUCGUGGACCUUACCCUCCCCCCAUCCAUUAAGAGAGGGGAAAUCCUCCCUGUUAAGAUUUCAGUCUUCAGUUAUCUCAAUCAAACAUUACCGGUUACACUGAGGCUUGAAGAGAGCUCAGAAUAUAAAAUACUUGAUGAACCAAGUGAAGGACCAAAAGGCCAAAGAACUACGUGUUUGGCUGCUAAGGACAAAGAUGUCAUAACUUUUAGGAUAGACCUACUGUCUCUAGGUGAUGUCAACCUCACUGUAACAGCCUUCAUCGACCAUGACAAUUCUGAGGACUGUGUUGCUGAAGAUAAGACUGUCAGUAAACGGGACACCAUAAUCAGACCUAUGAAAGUCGAAGCUGAAGGUUACCUGAGAGAGAAGAGUUGGACAAAAUACAUUUGUUCUCAAGAUUUUGAGUCCGGUGAGGAUGGCUUUGAGAGGUGGGAGAUCAUUCCUCCAUCCGUGAUGGUGGAAGGCUCCGGAAGAGGUUGGGUCACUGCUGUGGGAGACCUUUUGGCGCUCUCCCUGGAGAAUUUGGGAGGCCUGAUCCGUAUGCCAUACGGUUGUGGAGAGCAAAACAUGGUGAAUUUUGUUCCUAACAUCUUCAUCAUGAAGUACUUAGAUGUCACACAACAAAAUACCCCAGAAUCAUCAGAAAAAUUAAGGAAAUUUAUGAGAACAGGUUACCGAAGAGAGCUCCUGUACCGUCAUCCCAAUGGAGCAUUCAGUGCCUUUGGAAGCGCUGACGACUCAGGCUCCACUUGGCUCACAGCUUUUGUUCUGAAAUCAUUUGCUCAGGCACAGCCUUAUAUACUAGUUGACAAAGCGGAUCUAAAUGAGACAAGACGCUGGUUACAUGAACUGCAAGGCGAAGAUGGUUGUUUCCUGUCCGUUGGCAAAGUAUUUCAUAAAGGAAUGCAGGGAGGAAUUAGUGACGGAAACAACUCUAUUCCCUUGACUACGUAUGUGAUGAUUUCCAUGCUAGAAGCCGGCGAGGAUCCCUCAAGCCCAACCGUCGAAUUAGCCGAGAAAUGCAUAACUUCUCAAGGCUCUUCUGAUCCGUACACAUUGUCCUUAAAAGCUUAUGCCCUUUCCCUUGCCAAGCAUCCUAAAGCCCAAGAAACAAUAAAAGAACUCCUGAGUCUUGCUGUAGUCACUAAGAAUGCUACUCACUGGGACUUACCACAAUCGCCAAGUAAAAGUAAUGCAGUAGAACUUGAAACAGCUGCUUAUGCUAUUUUGGCCUUAGUGGAGCAGGACUUUGAAACGCACGAAGCCCAAGUACGAAAGAUCGUGAAGUGGAUCAUGACCCAAAGGAACGGAUUAGGGGGAUUUUACUCCACUCAGGACACUGUGAUGGCCCUUCAGGCUAUGGCUAAGUAUGAAUCCUUCCUCCACCAAGGGCCUUUGGAUGUGACAGUUACAAUGGAAGCCAAGGAACUUUUCCAUUCCUUCACCGUAACGGAUUCCAAUAAACUUCUACAACAGCAGGUGGCGCUUGAAACUUUUCCAACUAAUAUUACUUUUGGCUUGGAGGGACAGGGAUGUGCCGUUUUACAGGCUGUGUACCGGUACAACAUUCCAAAACCUGAAGGUAGCGACGCCUUCGAUCUCACAGUGAACACGAGAACCGAAGUAGACAAGAAUUGCAAAUCUAAGCUUAUCACUGCAUGUGCCUCUUAUCAGCUCCCAGACGGUAAAUCCAAUAUGGUUGUCAUUGAAGUGAAUUUAGUCUCAGGCUACAUUCCAGAAAAGGAAGAUCUCAAGGCCAUCGUACGCAACAAUCCACUCGUCGUUAAACGAUAUGAAGUUGAUGGCAGUAAAGUUUCAUUCUACAUUGAGGAGCUGACAGCUAACUCUACAUGCGUCAACUUCAAGAUCAUCAGAGAAGUAGAUGUCGAGAAGGUGAAACCGGGGACUGUCGUUGUUUAUGACUAUUAUCAACCAGAGUUCUUUAUCUCGGAGAAUUACAGCUUGCCGCCACCAGAUGAAUGCCGACAGGACUAGAAGUUCCAAUGUCAGUGGUGGACUGGCCAGUGACCAGGUUGCCAGCUUGCACGUUACAUCCAAGAGGAACCCUUACACAUGAGACUAUGGAGGUUCCAUCACUGAUUUAUGCUUCGCGAAAAAUAAAUGUUCCACUGAUUUGUCCUCUGUGUUUCCACUUAUGCUUUUUCGAAUAUUUUAUGUAUUAGUCAUGUAAACUAGUAUUUGCACAAUUUUUAAACCCAGUCCUCCACUGAGAUCCAUCAUUCUAAGGUUUAUUUUCAGGAAAUAAGCCAUUUUUUCAGUUAUAGCUCAUCGCUAACAUUAAAUAAAGCGAAGAACGACAAUUAAUUUUCCAAACAAAAAAUGUAGAUGAUGUCCAUUGUGUGAUGAUAAGGGCAAUAUCUGUAUUGGCAUGCCGUGGUGUUAAGGUUAAUGUUUUUUACAAGUUAUGAAAAAAAUUUAUUAAUAAAACCUAAAUUUGA